GCGGGACGAUGGAGGGCGCUUCCUUCGGAGCCGGCAGGGCGGGCGCGGCGGUGGACCCCGCGGAAUUUGCCAGGCGGCCCCAGACCCUGCUCAGGGUCCUCGCCGGGGUGUUCUCUAUUGUGGUGUUUGGCUCGAUCAUCAAUGAGGGUUAUGUGAACACAGAUAAGUCCCCGGUGCUGCGCUGCAUCUUCAAUGGCAAUGAAGGAGCCUGCAACUAUGGUAUUGCAAUAGGGCUGCUGGCGUUCCUGGCCUGCAGCUUCUUCCUGGUGAUGGACCUCUACUUCCAACAGAUCAGCAGUGUGAAGGACAGGAAGCGCCUUGUACUCUUGGACCUUGGCUUUUCUGGCUUCUGGUCCUUCCUCUGGUUUGUGGCGUUCUGCUUUCUGGCCAACCAGUGGCAGCAGACACCCGCAAGCAAAGCGGCAUCGCAAGGAGGGGAUGCUGCCCGGGCAUCCAUUGCCUUUUCAUUCUUCUCCAUCAUCUCCUGGGUUGCCCUGACUGUAAAAGCCCUCCAGAGAUACCGAAUGGGGACUGACAUGUCUCUCUUUGCCACGGAUCAGUUUGGCCCCGAUCCCAUGGCAGGAUAUCCAGGACAUCAUCCCACCAGCGGUGGCAUCGAAAGCACAGAAACCUAUCAGAGCCCACCGUUCUCCGAGACCCUGAAUACCAGCCCCAAAGGUUACCAGGUGCCAGCUUACUGAAAGGGCAGGUGACUCCCCCUCCCCAUGAAGUUUCAGAGCAAACCGAAACCAGACCCAGAAAAAUGGGCUGACAUCCCUUCAAGGUGCAAGUAUAGUCAACAGAUUGGUUGCAAGUGUAUUCAAAAGUACUUUUUUUUUUAAUGUGGCGAGUUAUGUGCUGGGUUAAACUUACUCUUAGCUAAUGGUGCAGUGAAUUCUGUACAGUGGUUCUUGUCUUAUCUGUCCAAGGAUAUUUUUAUAUUAAAAAGAAAAAAAAGCAAGUGUUCCCUCUAAGCAGGAAACUCUAGAACAGUCAUUAACUCCUACGUCUCUGGCUGAAUCAGUGGCAUUUGCUCAUUUGACAUUUGGCUGAAAGCACAGAUAAAGCCUGGCAAGAGAGCAGGGGCGCUGCAGGGGAGGGGGUGUCAAAAAGACAAGGGGGCGGCACCACUGCGUGAUCAAACCCCUGCCCUGUGUCAGAGGUGUCAUGAAUGCCUGAGAGACCAGCCAGCCAGGGUUCCCAUCUCCCCUGGCCAGCUGGUACUUCGUCACGUGCUUCCAGGGAAAACCAAAAAACAGUUCUCCCAGACAUUCCUGGAAGCUUCUGUCUUCUCUUUCCCUCCUUUACCAUUUUAUUUCUUUACAAACUUAGAAAGUUGUUUAAAAGAGAUGUGCCAAGUUUAAAUACCAAAAAGAAUAGCUGUGUUAUCUUCUCUUAUGUAUAUUUGGGUGUAUAUACCUUCUAUACUUCCAAUACUAAAUGAGUGUAUAGACUGUACACGUGUGGUCCUGUUAUCCCAGGACGCUUCGAUGUUUAAAUUGUGCACUGUAAGUUAAACAAACACAUUGUUCCUGGCCAGGAAGCAAACCAGUGAAUGUCUCCCAACAGCAGGAAAUGUAGCAUUUGACCAACUUAGGUGCCAUCUCAAAGAGGACUCCAUGGCUCCUACAAUCUCCUCUCCUUUGAAGAACAAGCAUUUCUUGUUGAGAAAUCAGAGGGGAAGGAAGAAGGGUUGGGAGAAUACACAAGGACAAAGGCGGAGACUUGAGUUCCAGGCGCUAGGUGGCACCCAGAUAUUGGUAAAGAUUACAGAAAUUUGGCAUGCUCUUUUUCAGUAUGAAGAGACCAAAAUGUUAUUCCUGCCAUCCCUUUAAAAUAGCCGUGUCUCAUGUUGAGGCUACCUAUGUUUUCUUCUUAAACAGAGAUCCACAUUGGCAUAAUAAACAUCGUUAACACUGGGGAAAUUCCCUCUCCUUUGCAAAUCAAACACGUUUCAUAGGGACAAGUAAAACAGAUUCUUAAGCCUCAGAAGCAAGCAAAAACAUUAAUAUAGCCCCCCCACCCCAAAGGACCAGUAAUACUGAAGGGAACAAAAUGUGUUCAGUUUUGAGGCUACUGAGCUGAUGUAAAACCAAGAAAAUGGAAACAGUUUAAAAGAAAUUAUUUUAAGUAUUUUCAGCUGCAAUAGGGGACCCCAGUAUUGUUGUAGAGAUCUGAGUAUAUAAGGAACUUCCCAAGUGCAAAAAACUUGAAAGUGUGAUAAUCAAUAUUAGCUGCCUAAGAUGCCCUGGAGCAGGAAAGGCAGAAUAAGAACAGAGAUAGUAAAUAACCAAUACACUAAAUUUUCAGAGACUGUUAAAAUGGCCGUAGUCAUAUUUCAGCCUUAAGACGCUUCAGAUUUGAUUCUGAAAGGUGAUCAAGUCAGCCCUGGCAGUUUAAAACCCAUGCAAGAUUGAAGAUGAUUUUAAAACAGGGUAGAAUUGUAGCAAUACAGUAUUUUCCUUAGAGAGAACACUGGCGCGUUAGCAGCCCAAACUUGUGUUUAAGCAUUUUAGGAAGAAAAUAAACCAUGCACAUACAGAAACAGAACUGUAAAAUAUUUAAAUGUUUCUCUCAGUUGUACAUGUGAAAUAAAUGUCUGUUCAGUACAAUG